AUGGCUAGGCUCGGCAACCCUUUACCUACGUGUAAUCCGGACUAUUAUCCACUAGCCUCAUACAGAUCAGGCGAUUUUACACCACGCCGAGCUGUUGACUCAAAUGGAAAAGUCGGUUGGUUGUACGAUGCUUCUACCGAUCAAGUACUUUCUGACUCGGAAAUAAAGUUCAAUAUAAAGUGGCUUCUGUGUCGUGCACUUCCAAGUUGCUUUAUGGACAAAUACAAUCCAGGUGAACCUGACAAUCUUCUAAAGUGGAGCAAUAUGCAUCACGGACUACGGUUGAGUGUUACCUUGAACAUGGUUCCAACAAACGGAAUGGGUGCAUUAAUUAAUUAUUCUAAUCCGAUCGAUAAAUAUACCCGACGUAUUAUCUAUACUCAUUAUAGCCGUACAGAGUAUUUAGAGGACAAGAUAUUCAGUUCAUGGAAGAAAAUCGACUCACAAAGGCCGAAUUCCUCUGCUACUCAUAUUAUUGUAUUCGUUAAUUGGGGAAUUGAUGCAAGCGUUCUUUUACAGCUACCACCAGAUGGUGAAGUCACUCGAAAAAUUGAUCAUGUGCUAGAAAAAAUAUGUGAAUCUUUGAAGAAUCAACAGAAUAGCCUAACAUUCUCUGAAGAAGACAACAAGUUCCUCAACAAAAUUCGUCAUACAGAAGUCUUUUCAAACAUACAGCAACUCACUAAUAUCAAUUCGAUUCUUCAAUUUUAUCGUACGAUUCCAUCAAUGCACCGAGAUACCAGUCUUCACAAAGCAUAUAAUUAUAAUCUUUAUCCGAUUGAUUAUUUUUAUGCCCAAAACAAUGAAUCCCGAGCUAAAUUUAUUCCAUUGCGAGAUGACACCGUCCUUCUUAUUGAAACAUAUCUCGUUCGACUAUCAUUGGACUUUAAGCGAAUAAGAAAAGCAACAAAUCAAAAUUAUCCCAAUCUAAAGCAUUAUCUUAGAAGGGAAUUCGAUAAGAUGCAAGAAUAUUGGAGAGAAUUUGAGACAGCAUAUGGCAAUCAGAUUCAUCGACUUCGAGGCUUAGUCAUUCGUGCUCGACUCGGUGACAUUGAUGAAGGUUGUAUUCCUAAUGAAUUCAACGAUGAUCAAAACGAAAAUCUGACAAAAAUGAUAAAGGAUUGUACUGUAAAUCUCGAAUCGUGUGCUGAAAAAGAGCAACUCAUUAAAGAGUUGCUAGAUAAAGGAGUUAAGUAUCAAAAUGCACUCGAUAGAAACAUACAAAAUGGCGAUAAUGAGCAAGCUCUUAAACGUAAGCUUUCGAUUUCUGAUGACCAAAAACAUUUCAUCUUCUCGAAUGAUGAUUUAUAUAAAAAUCGACAAUCGAGUUUGUGUACUCUUCGCGAUCAGUUACUACAAGAGCAUGGAAAAGAACCUCGGUUACAAUUAAUCUAUGUUGAUUUCACAUACUGUUCAUACAAACUUGAUGAUGUAAGGCUUUUUCCCACAAUCGGAAGAGAAAAUUUUCAAAGUACUUCAAAAACAGCGACAUCAUCAUCGCAAGCACAAUCAAGAAAUGAUGAAAUUAUGAAUGUUUUACUUCUAGGAGAAACAGGUGUUGGUAAAUCGACUUUUAUCAAUGCUUUUGUUAACUAUUUAAAAUUUAAUGAACUUGACGAAGCGAAAAAGGAUCCUGUUGUACUUAUACCUGUUUCAUUUACGCUGACAACUGGUGAUAAUUUUAAGGAAGAACAGAUUAAAUUCGAAGGAGAAGGUGACUUAUAUAUUGAAAAUUUCGAAAAUGUUGGUGAAUCAGUGACACAACAUUGUAAAUCAUAUAUAUUUACUGUAAAGGAUGGCGAAAAUCGUGCUCGUAAAUUGCGAAUCGUAGACACUCCCGGUAUUGGUGAUACACGUGGUCUCACUCAAGAUGAAGCAAAUCUUCAACAUAUUUUAACAUUUAUUAAUAGUUUGUCUUAUUUGAAUGCUGUUUGUAUUUUAUUAAAACCAAAUAAUGCACGACUUACUGGAUUUUUUCGAUCAUGUUUUCUACAAUUGAUCGAUAUGUUGAGUGAAAAUAUUUGCGAUAAAAUUAUAUUUUGUUUCACUAAUUCACGUCCGGCAUUUUACACACCAGGCAAUACAGCUGCACCACUUAGAGCUCUACUUGAAUCACUACCAAGCAAAAAUAUUCCUUUUCGAAGAGAGAAUACAUUUUGUUUCGAUAGUGAAUCGUUUCGUUGCUUAGUGGCUAUACGUCAAGGCAUCAAUUUUAGUGCUGUUGAAGAACAGGAGUACAAUGAAAGUUGGAUAAGAUCAUCAAAAGAAUCUCAACGUCUUAUAGCAUAUAUUUUUACGAGAAUAUCGACAGAUAUCAAUGCUAAUAAGUUACAAUCGAUGAUACAAGCGCAACUCAAAAUCAAUUUAUUAAUCCGACCUAUGUUAGAAACAAUGCGGAAUAUUCUUCGUAAUAUUAUUUUAUGGGACGAAGAUUCACAAAAGACUUUUAUUGAACUGCAGCCAAUAUCUAUUAAAACUCCAACAGCCAUUUAUUUGAAAUGUCCUUGUGGCUUUGUCCAAAUAGGUGGAUUCUGGUGUAAACUUGAUAGUUUACAUAUGGUCACUAAUAAUAAAUGCAAAACUUGUGAUUGUGAUGCAUCUGACCAUUGUCUUGUUGAUUAUGAUUUACAAUGUAAGAUAUCCCAUGAUUUAUCAAACACAUUGAAGAAAGACUUGGAAGAGAUGCUCAAUAACUUGUGUGAGAAAAGUGCUGAAUUCCGUCACUUUCUAUUAGGAUCUAGCUGUAACCCAGAAACUGAUGAAUUCUUGGAUGGUUUGGAUAGAAUGAUUAAAGAAGAAGAAGAAGCCUGUAAUAAGAAUAGUCCGCACGAGCUGAACAUGAAGUUGAUACAGGCACUUCAAGAAUUAAAAGAGAAAUAUAAAAAUCAAAAGAAAGAAAUGGCUCGAAGAAAGCAAUCCAUUGAGCUAACAGAUAUUUAUCAGAAAAUUACAAGUGUGAGCGAAUUUAAAAUGAUAGCAUCACAAAUAAGUGCUAUUCAUGAAUGGCACAAGGAAAUGGUUAAAUAUUAUCAACAUGAAGUUUCAACUUGA